AUCGCUGCAUUGGUCCGGAGGCCCCGCGGAGAAGAGAGGCGGGUCGGGCGGGAGCUGAGGCCGGAGAGAUCUGGGGAGGUGCCGCCGCUCGCCGCCGGCUUCUCGGGUACGGCAGGAGGACACGGAGGAGAAGACAUUCCAGCUGCUGCAUCUCUUGUAUCCCUACGAAUCUCUGUGAAGACGAGUUAUGUCAACAGCUGCUUUAAUCCAUUUGGUAAGAAACGGAGGUUAUCAAGUACGAAGGAGAGCCCUGCUGACUUCCCGCCUCUUGCAAGACGAGAAGCGUACGACAGUCGAGUGCUGCAUUUCCACCUCCGAACGCCGGUCAUCCCGCUUCGAUCCAGACGGAAGUGGGCGGCCCGCCACGUGGGACACCUUUGGCAUCUGGGACAAUCGCAUUGAUGAGCCUAUUCUCCUCCCACCUAGCAUAAAGUAUGGAAAGCCGAUUCCAAAAGUCAGCCUGAGCAAAGUGGGCUGUGCCAGCCAUAUUGGGAAGCGGAAGGAAAAUGAAGACCGCUUUGAUUAUGCUCAGCUGACUGAGGAUGUCCUGUACUUUGCAGUAUACGAUGGACAUGGCGGGGCAGCAGCAGCAGACUUCUGUGCUAAGAACAUGGAAAGAUAUAUCAAGGAAUUUGCUUCUCAGGAGGAGAACUUAGAAAAAGUUCUGAACGAUGCUUUUCUAGAAAUAAACAAAGCAUACGAAAGGCAUGCUCAGCUGGCUGCUGAUGCAACACUGAUGAACUCUGGGACCACUGCAACGGUGGCCCUGCUGCGGGAUGGUAUUGAGCUGGUAGUGGCAAGCGUGGGUGACAGCCGUGCCCUGUUGUGUCGAAAAGGAAAGGCCAUGAAACUCACCAUUGACCAUACACUAGAAAGGAAGGAGGAGAAGGAAAGGAUUAGGAAGUGCGGUGGCUUCGUUGCCUGGAACAGUUUGGGACAACCUCAUGUGAAUGGUAGACUUGCAAUGACGCGGAGCAUAGGAGAUUUGGAUCUUAAAAACAGUGGUGUGAUAGCCCAGCCAGAAACAAAAAGGGUUCAGUUGCAUCAUGCAGAUGACGGCUUCCUGGUCCUUACUACAGAUGGUAUUAACUUCAUGGUGAACAGUCAGGAGAUCUGUGACUUCAUCAACCAAUGCCACGAUCCUGCUGAAGCUGCCCAUGUUGUUACUGAGCAGGCAAUACAGUACGGCACUGAAGAUAACAGCACGGUUGUCAUAGUGCCAUUUGGAGCGUGGGGAAAGUAUAAAAAUGGCGAGAUCAACUUCUCCUUCAGCCGCAGCUUUGCCUCCAGUGGGAGGUGGGCGUGAAGACCUGACACCGCUAUCAUUUCCUGCAAUAACCUGGAUACAACGUGCUGUAAGAGAACACAUCCAUCUGUUCAUAGGUUGACUUGGUGUCUUAUCCAUCUCUUCUGUUGCCAGCUAUGGAAGAUGCAACUGCUCCUGUGGUGCGUAAUUGCUGCUUAGAGCUGAUCACAUUUUACUGUGUUUAUUUAUUCAGAUCAGCACUGGGUUUCUAGUUCCAGCAGCUCCGCACACCAUUUCAUUUGCACAGACAAGUCUCUGGGCUUGAGCUAUGACAUAUUGGUUUCAUCCCAACUCUUGUUACCCAGUACUUAGUUACCCGGCAGCUGUGAAAGUCCGAGACUGAACACAGGGGAACAAAUGCAGUGUUCUUAGCAAGACAAAAAGGGAGUUUGUUGUUUUCCUGUACCGUGCAGCCACCCAAAGCUCCCCCAUGUUUCAGGAGAAACAGGUGAAAUAAAAGGGGGAAAUGCCAGAAGCAAUUAGCCUGUGGUUAUGUUCUGAUGCCAGGGGCAUUCCAUGUAGCUGAAUGGCAUCCCAAUACAGCACUGCUUUGCUGGGCUUCAGGCUCUCUCUGCUAUUAUUUGUGAUCCUUCAGCUCCAGAUUGCAAACAGGAGCCACGUGCUGUUGGACAGAUGAGAACCCAUUGGGCCCAAAGCCCCUACAGUCUCGGUGGACCACGCAGCAGCCUCUGGCACCACGUUGCUUUCAAUGUAUUGGUGCCCAACAAGAGCAUGUAAAAGGGGUACAAAAAGCAGCCCAUUUUUGAAUUUCAGAGACUAUAUGAAUGUCUUUUUUUCUUCUUAUUCCUAAGAAAAGGGAAUUGUUUCAAAGAGCUUUCAGUUCAGGAUUCUUUGGAGGUGUGAAACAGGAGAGCUCAUUUCUUCAUAUGUGAAGAUAUUCCUGCCCAUUGCCAGAGAUUUUUUUUUCAGUUAAUUGUAGUCUCCUGGUAGCACAAAGACAGCUGUAAAAUGCCCAAAGCAAGAAAGCUGGAGAAAGAGAAUAUUUUAACAAUAUAUGGCAAUUUUUGUUAAGUUUUGGGAGUUGUUUCUACCAGGCAUCAGAUAUUUGGUCACCAAAACGUAGCUUUAUACCUUAAAGAAAAGAUUUCAUUUCUCUUUCUGGUGAGAGUCUUUGUCCAGUGAGGCACAAAAGGCCAGAACUGAGCCAGUUCGGUGUUGCUGUGAUACAAGUUUCUGGUAACUGGUCAACAGCAGAUCAAGCUGUUCCACAUGCCUCCUUCAGCCCCAGUUCUCCCUCACCCAAAAUCAGUCGUGCAUCUCCUGUAGCCUCCAAAUUGCCUUAUUGUGAGAAAAUACGGGCAGAGAAAAGUGGGGCUUUUCCCAUGUAUACAACGUUCGAUUUUGUUCCUUGUUUCUGACAGCACAGCUGUAAAAAAAGCAAGCAAACCAACUGACAAGAACAAAACAUGAAAGAAAUGGUCUGAUACGAGAUCUCCUUACAGCAUGGAAAAAUAUUUCUGCGAUGCCUGGUCUGAUUCUCAUUUUCCAGUAUGAAAUAGGUAUCUGCAUCUUUUUUUAGCCCCUUCCAGGCCCAUGGUUACAGCGCAGUCAUUCCAUGUGUUCUUCUGGCAGCAGGCUUGGGAACACCCUGCAGGACACAACAUUGUACUGACAGCAUUAAUACUCUACAUACAGACAGUACAUUGGUUGUGUCCCAUCAUUUGGUGUGUUUAUGUGGUGUACAUAAUGCGUAUAUUCGGUUUAUGAGUAUAAACAGCUUGUGACUCAAUAUUUGUAAGUCUCUAUCAUGUCUGGCACUGUUGCCCAGGCAGGAGUGUUUAAUGAGCACAUCAUUGGUUUACACUUACAAUACCUUCUCCCUUCCCCAGACUUACCCAAUUCUGUCUUCACAUGAGAUCAAAAUGUUCAGUCCUGGUCUCUGCCUUGCUUACUUGAGGCAAAAGGGCACUUUUAAUUGAGAACCUGCAAUUCUCACCCUGCACAACCUGUUUGUAGCAAAAGCAGCAGCACACAUCCUCUCCUGAGCACUUGCAGAGAGGCAGCACCUGACAGAUGUUCAGUGAGCUGCUCCAGCAAUGCAGUUAUGACCCGUUUGCACUGCACAGCUGACUCCUGCUGAAAUAGCACGUGGUCCUAGCUAAGGGUUAACCACUCCGCAGUCUUACUCUGGGCUAUAGUCAGCUUUGGUUUCAAGUGUCAGACAGGCAUGAGCAGCAGAGUCAGGAUUUGGACAUGCAUCAUCAGCGCUGCUUGGUGCCAAAUGCUGCUCAUUCCUGUUUGGCCAUCCUUCCAGCUAGCCAGAAGAUAUCAGCCCCCCCCGGGUGCUUGUAACAAAUACACAUUGAUUUUUUUUUAGCUGUGCUGGGUACUUGCCAACCUGAAUACACAGAAUCAAAUGUAGGGUGGUAAUGAAUAGCACUGCAGGUGUUUUGAGGAAUGGCCUGGGCUGAUGGAGUAGCUUCUGAGCACUGACCAGUAUGUAAGAAGUAAUUUUUAUACUUGAGGGAGUACAGGAGCAUUUUUUGUUUGAUCCCUAUCUGGUUCAAGGCUAAGUUGGAUGGGGCCCUGGGCAACUUGAUCUCACACUUGGCAACUCUGACUGUGGCAGGGAGGUUAGAACUUGCUAAUCCUCAAGGUCCCUUCCAACCUGAGCCAUUCUAUGAUUCUACCUUCAUUAAGUAGAGCCUCAUUUCAGAAUGGAAGCGGUUGGGUCCUUCUGUUUCCUCCCGCAGACUGAUUGUUCUCUCAGAGGAAGGAUCCAUCCAUAGCUGCACAUACAUUUUAGAAAUAAAGGUAUAAGACAAAGCUUUACAAACUAGAAGGCAGUUAGGUAAAGAUACGUCAUCCCAUCCAGCCCACUGCUCAAAGCAGGGCUCAAUUCAGAAUUAAGUGAUGCAGCAAAGGGGUGCACAUCUACUGACACUGCUCUAUAGAGACUGAAAUGGGGUGGGAAGAGUUUGGCAUGACAGCAGUCUGCCUGUGGAACCACCAGAACACACUGAAGCUGAAAGCUUAACAGUAUGUGCAAACCUGCAGGUACUUUGGCUACUAAUGAAUGUCACAAAUAAAUUAGAACAUUCAUCUAAAAGACACGAGCUGGUUCAUCUAAAAAGCAAUAAGACAGGAGAUCACAAAGAUACAUUUCUUAUUCCCUGACUGUUCCCUGCAGUUUUCUGCAUCUCACUCUGAAGUCAACAAGCUACUGAAGGCAGAUUGCUUUGCCAAGCGGCCCAGUAAUCUGCCCAUUCCUCUUUCCAUUGCUAACAAAGUUGCUUUCACACUGGUUUGUGUGAAUUUCUGCCUUCAUGCUGCGCACUGCCAGACUUCGAGUAUGUCAGAAACACCAUUUGAUGCAGACCCUCCAUUACCAGGAUCUUUCUCUUCCCAAACAACAGCCCUGCAUUUUCUUGCAAAGACAGUCAUCUCCCUUUAGAUUUAUCUGCACCAAGCCUUGCUUUUUUCGAGUCAUCAGGAAGGACCUGCACGGUGCUGGGUUUUCUGUCAUUUGAUACUUAAUGAAGAAGCACUAGGACAAGUCACAGGAACUGCAUGUUAGUCACAGGGCUGUUUUGGCACUGAUAUUGGCAGAGUGAGCCAUGAGCGUGGGCAUAUGGCACUGGGAUUCCCUUGUGUGAAGUAUCUAGUUGAAGGAAUAAAGCCAUGCCAAUGGAAAUGGAAACAGCUUAACAAAAAGUAUUUCCUUGCCUGGACACUCCUCCUGGACCAGUACUUUUUCCUCAUGGUAAAGCUGCUGCAGGAGGAAGGAGCUGGAACAGCUUUAAUACAGCAUCCUCUGAACAGUCAAUCCUUUCUGGUUUGAAAAGCGCAGGGAUGGUGAAGAAUUGUGGAGCGCAGUUUGUGGUUGAGAAUAAGGAUGGGGUGAGAAAUUAGCAGUGUUACCACCUAUUAUCAACUUGGGGAAAUGCAAAUUCUGAAGCUGUAGGGCUCACUGCAGGAUUUCUGCUGGUGGAGGAAUCAGGUCCUGGAUCAGCAUUUCUCUCUCAACACGCAAUGUGCUGUUUGCAAAGGCACAGAGGUUUCUGCCUAAAGCAGUAGCACAAAACAGACACAAGUUUCAUUGGUUUAACAUUAAUUUCUGUGGAAUAGAAUCAUGUGGGCACUUCUAGGUCCAUUAGUCACUUACCCAACAAGCUGAGCAUAUGGUAUAGCACUCCCCUGCAGUUUCCUGGUUCUGAAGCUGCCGUUCUCCUGCUCUUAAUGCAGAGGUAUCAAUGGGGAUUCCCCUUUGCCUGGCAUGUUAAGUGCUUGGGCAGCGGUGUGUGUCAUAACUUUUACAGGCUGAAGUGCAAUUGUGUACAUUCGUUGCAUACUUUGCCUUAGGAGAGUCCAUAAAUCCUGACGUUUAAUGUUUAUUUUUGAUGUAAUCAGUGACCAUAAUUAAUCUACUACUUCAUUUUACUGAAGUGUCUUUGUUUUUCUUUUUAAACAUUUGUUUGUCUUCAAAUUUGUGACUUAAAUCUACAGUGGGACAGAUAAGGCUAUACUGGAAUGCUUAAAUAAAGACCUCUAAAUAAAGUAUUGGCUUCUCACUA